AUGUCACCAUGGUCAUGUCAAUAUUGUACGCUUGCGAAUACGGAAGCAAAUACGCAGUGCGCUGCAUGUGGUUCGGAACGCGAACAAAGAAGAUCUUCACUGCUACCCAGAAUGAUCAUCAAACCAAUAUCUGAUGUCACAAACGCUAUACUGGAUUUACUCAAUGGUCCACCGAAUUCGGUCUCUAGGCAACGGUUUCCUGAUCCCUCAUUUUCGCCGGGUCAGUCUUCUCUUCGCCCGUCAUCAUCGUAUCCAGAUCUCCCCACUUCUUUCACUCCAUUUCGACCGGCACCUUCAGGACCUCCUCCACCUGGUUGGAACUUAAAUAUCCAAGAUUCUUCACCGGGAAUAAAUUCAUCGCGUGAUACUGCAUCAACGGCAACCUCUGCUACCACUGCUGACUCAUCUUUUUCGACCGUUGAUACCUCAAUAGCCUCAACAAGCUCUAAUGACGAUUCGUUAACCUGGAUCUGUCGGAAGUGCUUGAACCCGAAUCCAGAAUUGUUAGCAGUUUGUUCCCAAUGCAACGAACGCAGAUCGAUAGGUUCGAAGAGGCGUCAUCGGGGGCAAUAUCGAAAUCAAUCGUCGAUCUCGUCGACCACAAGUGGAUUGAAUACUGUGGAUAACAGUUUUAGUUCUGCAAACACAAGUACAAUGACGGAUGAAAAGGCAACGUCUUUGUGUUCUGAAAUCAUGACAGAAGUGGAGCAAAACGACCGUGAAAGUGCAGCCGCUACUUACGCUAGUAUUGUCAGUUUCUGCAGUCAAAACAAAACAACCUUCAAUGAUGACAGCUUCCCUCACUCUCAGAAAUCCAUAGGAAACCUACGCGAUGCUGACUUAGGAGCGGUUGUCGGAUUUUUGCCUACUUCGUUCGUAUGGCUGCGACCAGAACAAAUGUUCACAAAGGAUGGCCGAGCAUGGCCUUGGACAGUUUUUAGGGAUCCAAGAUCAUCGGAUAUAGAACAAGGCGUUUUGGGGGACUGCUGGUUGUUAUCUGCAAUGGCACUUAUAGCUGAAAGACCAGAUGUUCUCGAACAGAUACUUCUAACCAAAGAAUAUUCUCAUUUUGGUAUUUAUCAAGUAAGGCUUUGUAUUGAUGGGCAGUGGAAGAUCGUUUUGGUGGAUGAUUACUUUCCAUGCAGAGUUGAAACAAGAUCUAUCGCAUUUGCGGAUGGCAGAAAAAAUCAGCUCUGGGUGCCACUAAUUGAGAAAGCAUUAGCGAAACAGUUCGGAAGCUAUUCGCUCCUGAGAGCUGGUAGAACAAUUGAAGGAUUGGCUAUACUAACAGGAGCUCCGGUCGAAAUGAUUUCUCUCGAAGACGAAACAGAUAAGGAUCUGCGAUGGGCCAGGAUUCUGAGCGCUAGGGAAGCUGGCUUCAUUAUGGGGUGCAGCUGCGGAGCUGGCAAAAGAAUAGUUAAUGAAGAAGUGUUUCGAAGGAAUGGACUACUAACAAAACACGCGUAUUCUGUGUUGGAUGUACGCCAGGAAGGCGAACACAGGCUUUUAAAACUUCGGAAUCCGUGGGGAUCAUUUGUGUGGAAAGGAAAAUGGAGCAAAAGUUGGUCUGGUUGGCCGAAAGAGCUAAAACACAAGUUGCUGUCUGGAGAACCUUCCACGGGAACGUUUUGGAUCAGCUAUGACGAUUUCCUCUCGCAUUUCGACUCAGUCGACGUUGCGAAGAUUAGAGGAUUUCAAGGAUGGGCAGAGCUGCGCAUACCGAUGCAAAUGGGUGGCGCGUUCAUGAGCUCGGAUAAAGCUGUACGGAUUCUCAUCGAAAGUCCAACAGAAGUGUGCCUCACGCUGUUCCAAAGUGGAGCUCGGACAGCACACGAUCAGGUCGAUCUCCUUAUAUGUGUACACAUGGUUUCCGCGUCAGGAACUGUUGGUGAUCUAAUCUGUCGGUCUGCUCGAAAAUUAGAGGCAUUUGUUAGCACCGACGAUGUUUUUCUUCGGCCCGGUCAUUACAUUAUUGUGUGCCACAGUCUAUCGACCAUAGGAACUCGAAAGAUUCAAGGAUGCCUCGCCAUUCAUAGCUCCAAACCCAUGUUUGCGGAUAUGGUUCCCUGUCCGGCAGCAGUUUAUACAGACUCAUUGGUGCAAUUAACACUUAAGGAGGGAAUGCUUCACAGUUCCCUUAAUGGUGUUUAUCCUCGCUAUAUAACUAAUGAUUUUUCUGGUUUGCUGCUGAUGGUGGAUAAUGUCUUGGAGGAUUUAUGGGUGCAUGUGAAAGUGAAGUGUUCAAAUUCCGUUAAUGUUCUUUCAUCUCGUGGGACCCUAGAUGUUGCUGAUUCAGUUCCUCCUUUGAGUCGUCAGAUUAUAAUGAUACUCACGCACUUUGAGCCGACACAGACGUAUAUUGUCCACCAUGAGUUAUUGGUUCGUGUUUCUCGUAGUCAUGCCAUAGGUGAUUUCGCUGUAUUUCGGAACGGAGUUCGCACUGGUAGUGAGAGUCAUUCACCUCCGUUUGGCUGUCCAUCCAUAGAACAAUUGCAUUCCCGUAAAGCAUUGUUUUACUCAUGA